CAGGUGUCCUGGUAGUCACAUUUGGGGGAAGGGUGAUAUGUGACAGGUGACUUUGGAAGCUGCCUUGAUCGAGAUUUACAACCCUCUUUUGGACUGAAGCCAGGGUGUGUGCAAGCACGCUACCACUGAGGUUUGCCGUCUUGAGAUCCAUGGCUGUCCUUCCUGGGCUCUGGGGUUCUUUUGCCCAUGUCAGCAGAACAUUCAGCCCGCGCUGCUUCAGCACCUCCGGGAGCCUCUGUGCAAUCCAGAAAAUGACUCGGGUGCGUGUAGUGGACAACAGUGCCCUGGGGAACACCCCGUACCACCGGCCUCCGCGAUGCAUCCAUGUCUACAACAAGAGUGGGGUGGGCAAGGUAGGCGACCAGAUUCUGCUGGCCAUCAAGGGACAGAAGAAGAAAGCACUCAUUGUGGGACAUCGCAUGCCUGGCUCCCGAAUGACCCCAAGGUUUGACUCUAACAACGUGGUCCUCAUUGAGGACAAUGGAAACCCUGUGGGGACCCGAAUUAAAACACCUAUCCCAACCAGCCUUCGCAAGAGGGAAGGCGAGUAUUCCAAAGUGUUGGCCAUAGCUCAGAACUUUGUGUGAGUGGCGUGCCUCUGAGCCAUACAGCCAUUCCCUUCACACCGGUGACAGUUGGAACAGAAUAAAUGUUUUAAUGUGUGCUUCCUUCCUA